UACCUAGUUUAGCACUGUUAGAUAACUUCUAGUACUUAAUGGAACCAUCUUUUAAAAGGUAUUGCGCAAAAAUAGGCAAAGCAGCACUAUGGAGAGUAAUAAACACUAUCUGAUGAUGACCUGUUCAUCAUGGCGUCAUCUUGCGGACAGUACAUCGAACUGCAUUUUCAAGACGCCACUUCAGUGAUGCAAAAUGUAAACCGUAGAGGACAAACGCCGCAUGACUCUGCAACGGCCAAAUGCCAUAAUGCAAGGAUCAAGACUGUAUCCGAUAUCGGCCCUGUAUCCGCCGUCAAGCUUAUCUCGGGAUGCACACUUGAUCUUUUAAAAGCAUCCUCCUCACUAAUGUCUUUACGUCAUAUAUCAGAUUCUCAGCAAUCUGUGCGUCCGCGAUAUAUCUACGUCAUCAGCUGUGUUUCCCUCAGCAGCAUCAGUUUGCCAUAUUUUCUGACAGAAGCGCCGCCUCUCCUCUCCUCCGCUCUCCUCUCUGUGACCGCAGAUUUGACUCCUCGCUCGUGUUGCAUCCCUGCAUGUGAACCUGGGAACGCGCGGGGGUGAAGAAGGCGUCGCGCGCGCGGACAGACAGCAGUGCUCGUGACCGCGCAACAUGACCGAGCUGGUGGUGCGGACUCUUCCGUCUCCUUCAGGUGUCCAAGGUCCCGGUCCGGACACUUAUAAAGGAUGGCUCUUUAAAUGGACCAACUACCUGAAGGGGUACCAGCGCCGGUGGUUCGUGCUGAGCAACGGCCUCCUGUCCUACUACAGGACUCAAGCGGAGAUGGCACACACCUGCCGUGGCACAAUUACCUUGGCGACGGUGCACAUAGAAGUGGGCGACACCUGUCACUUUGUGUUGACGAGUGGUGGGCGGAGCUACCACCUCAAGGCCUAUUCAGAGGGCGAGUGCCAGCGCUGGGUUUCAGCUCUGCAACAGGCCAAAGCAAACGCCACCCAUAUGAUGCCCCAUUCAGGUGAGUCCUGA